GAAAGCGGAUGUUUGUAUUACGCAGCGGAAUGUCUGUUCAGUUCAUUGUUUUAUACGUUUGGUAUUUUUAAAUGUGUGAAACCGUACUUUUACUCUCGGAACCGCUCGAUAUGUUUUCGACAUGUUUCUGAUAUUGUGGACAAAGACAGGAGGAGCGUCGCGUUGUGUCACGUCUGUACAAAACUAACCGACUGCUCAUAUAAUACAAAUAAUUUAAUGCCAGAUUUUGCGGAAUUAAAAGAAAACAUGCAAAGCGCUACAUCAACAAUACAUUUCAAGACGAUCACUGAAAUCCUCUGCUUUCUGUGCUUUUGAAUGUGCAGCGAGGAUCACCCUAAAGCACUCUGGGUUUGGCAACAGUGUGAUCCAUGGCUUUGUUCUUCAGAGGAGCUGUUACAAGUUCUCCGAUUAAGACCAGGAGCUUGGAGGCUGAACACAUUUGUCACAGUCUUGACUCCUCCUAUGAGUGUUUCUCCACCAAUCCGCUGACCGGCUCAGUCUGCGCAUGCCGGCGAAGUCCCCGUCUACUAGCCAACGGUUACUAUGUACUGACAGAGGACAGUUUUAGUACAGACGAGGAGGGUAACGUCACCCUGACUCCCUCACAAACAAGCGUCUCAUACAAAGAGAAUCUCGUCCGAAUAUUCAGACGACGGCGCCGGGCAAAAAGGUCAUUGGCCAGCCUUCUGAGUGAUAUGAGCCAAUCGUGCCAGUCCUGGCUAGAAGGAAGUGUCUUUAGAAGAUCUGACCCCAUCACUCCCCUCCAGUCAUCGUUAUGGGAGGUGGAAGAGCUGGAUCACAGCUAUGAGAAAGACACACCUAUCAGCUUCACCUACGAUCCCACAGAUCCUGUUCCUUCCCCUGAUAAAGUGGGUCCUCAAACUCAGCUUGAAGAGGAGGAGCCUCAGUCUGAGGCAUGCUCUGCCCAUGAACAAUUCAGCCAAUCAGUGAGCGGUCUUCUAGAUGUUCCUCCUCCGUCCAUGUGUCACCUCAACAGUUAUAGUCCAUCCAGCAAGACAUCAUCAGACACUGUGCUGCUGAAAGUCCUCUUGUUGACCAUCACUCUGUGCCUCUGCAUUGCCAUCUCCUCUAGGUGGCUGCUUGGAGGAGUUUCUGUAGCAGUGGCGUUCUUUGUUCUGCUUUCAUCCUUAUGUAUGUCUAAAUCUGGGACAGUCCGCUGGAGGAAACCAAAGGCUGAGGAUAUCACCUCUAGAAACGAGUGAGGAGGGGCCAUACAGACACAUAUAUACACCUGUGUGAAGUCUGUCCAAGAAAAGUGGAAGAGCGAGUACUGUAUGUGAAUGCACAUCCUGCAUUAGCAUUACAGUUUAAUUAUAGAUGAGUUUAUUGUGUUGGUGUUUUCACUGAUCAGCUGCAGAAUUCUAAAUAUGAAUCAUUAUAGAAAGUUCAGGCAGGACCAGUGAUGGAAAAUGUCACAGUAAAUUUUACAUGCUAAGAAAAGCAUGCAUUUUAUUCAAAUGAAUUUUGAACAUAUCAGUGCAGGACGAUCAUUUAGGAAAGGUUUAGUAAGUUUCCUUAAUUAAAGACUGGAUUGCAUUCUUAAGGAUUCUCUGAGAUUCAGUGAAGCUGCCUUGCAUUGUGUUUGUGAAUAUGUUAUCUUGGCUUGGCUGGGCUCUUCAACAUGGUGACUGGGGCAUAAUUUGCUUGAUAGUCUGAUUAGAUGAUCAGAUGCCCAUAUCAUUUAAAUAGCUUGCUGCAACACCCAGACAGUUUUAAUAGCAUUGAGGAAAUAUUAAACUUGUUAAUAGUUAAUCGUUAGUAGCAAAUUCUGUAUCUUAAGGAGUGCAGUUUUGCUUUGCAGAGAUGCCUCAUAUUUGUCAAGUGCCUUCGUAUACAAAACUUGAGUGUUUGUUAUUGCCAUUUGCCAGGGUUAUGCACACACACAUGUGUUGUGUGACGCAAGAGGGCUAAUAUUUUGAGCACAAAAGUGCUGCUAGUAGAAGUGCAAUAAUUAAUAUUAGUGUAUUGCAUAUCUGUAUUGACACUUAUAAAGCUCAUACAGGGACUUUCUCUAGAUAGUGAAGACAAUUAAACUCAGUUUGCAGGGGAUUGGUGCUGCCAAGGGAACCAUGUUCUAGAUUUACUCUAUAUUAUGUGUAUUAUUCUGUCAAAUUCGUACAAGGCAGCUACUCUCACAGAAAGAGCCUCACAAGAAGUUAGGACGUUACAGUGUUACCUGUCAAAUAUUAAAUAUUUACAAUAAAUAAGAAAAAGAGUUCUAUAUCAGCUAACGGAACCUGCAGGUCUAAUAGAAGCCGCCUGGAGGAACUGAAAUGGAUGAUUUAAAAAAACAUUUUAUUACAAAGACUCAAAGAGUUUAUAGGAGUUGAAUUGUGUUUUUAAAGGCAGCUCAGUUUUGAAGAAAGACAUUCACGAGGAAACAAAAGCAAAGCAAAAGUAUUUAAAGUAGAUCAAUUUUAGAGGUUUAAGGUACUAAAAAUCUGAAAGCGAACAUGUUACAGAGCCAGCCAAGAUGAAGAAGUGAAUUAUCCAGAUGUAUUUAGCUUGUAGCCAAUAGAUAUGUGUUAUAUUCUUUGUAUCAUGCUUUCAAUGUUUAAAGAAACUCUUUUUGUAGUGCCCAUGAACAAUGAAACAUUCAAGUGCAAUGAAUAUUACUGUAUAAACUAGUCAAAAUUCAAUGUAAAGUCUGUUACUAUUAUAGCAAUUAUUAUUACAACAAUCAGUUAGAUGAGGGUGAUAAGCAGUUAAUCAACAACAACAACAAAAAAUAGACACCCCCCCCCAAAAAAAGGAAAAAGGCCCAAAAGAAAAGAUAUGUGUAUUUUUGUUUAUUUACUUCAAAUUGCAAUUUGUAGUAUUCACUGGACACAGAGUAUAAAUGCAAGUUUUGUUUUUAGAGAAAUGGUUUUAAACCAUUGAUGAAAUUUAAUAUCAAAGUAUAGAGAGAAAGCUAGUGUGUAACAGAAGGGUUGUACUAAACAGUCCUCAUAAAAAUGUGUUCAGUGUUCAGUAAUCUGUUUUGUAAUUAUUGUAAUUCAUUUGUAAUUAUUGUCCUGCCAUUAAGCUCUGGUGACUGCAGUGAAACUGUAACUCCACAUAGACAACAAUCUGUGUCACAAUAACUGUAAAAUUACUGUAAAUACUAAAAAGCUUUAGUUAGUCUGUAUUCCACUGCAAUUGAAAGUGAAAGUUUUAAAUGUAUCUUCUUAAUAAAUACACUGUAAAAUGUAAUCUAAAAUUAAAUGCAUUUGCACAGAUAGAUUUUAACAUGAUAAAAUUAGCCAUGUUAAAAAGGAAAGGAUUAAAAGACCUUAAAGAUAAGAAGUCUUUGUUUUUUUUUAAUAUUUAUAUUUUUACAGUGUAUUUUGAAAAGAAAAACUUUUUAUUAAUUAUACAGUUUUGAAUUUCAUCAAUAAAGCAUUUUAUAUGUA